AUGGACUCCUACUCCUACGGAUCCAAGAAGGCCCAGGCUGCCUACUACUCGCCUUCCUCCUCGUCUUCUCACUACUACGCCUCGUCCGCAGCGACGGCCUCAUCCAUGAAGCCCACCCGGGGCUACGGCACGAAGCCGGGCUCGCAACCGCCCAAGAUUACCCAGGGCGGCCAGACCUACGACUCGACUUCUCGCGGCGACAACACGGGCUACUGGAAAUAA